GAAAACGGAGAGUGCCUUGGCAUUGACAUUGGAAAUCGGACAUUCGGUUGACAUAUCCCAUUUGAUUUUCAGUAUUUAUAUCUUAUCCUAGAUAGUGAGUUUCACAAAAUGUCUUGUUUGGCUCCUUGCUUCACCGUGGGCUCAAUAGUCCGAUGCAAAACUUGUUUUGGCGAUAAUAUUUCGGGAGAGGUUUUGGCCUUUGAUCUUGGUGUUAAAAUGCUGAUAAUGAAGUGUCCACCCAGCAAAGGCGGUGGCGACGAACAGACCCUUUGCAACCUGACUAUUGUGAAUCUUUCACUAUGCAUAGACAUUGAAAUUGUCAAGGAGAUGCUGCCAUUGGAGAAUGUUCAGCCCCCUGAACCGAUCAAUGUCGGGGUGCUUCAAGAGAGGUUUCGAUUGGCUACGGAAAAUCGUACUUUUCAUUGUCAAAGCUAUCAUCCAAAUGCCUCGCCCUUUGGUCAAGCCCUGUUCAGACUGAUGGUCAGACGUUUCGGUGAUCCCGCGGUCAAAUGGCAUGACCAAGGCGACAAAGUAGCCAUUAUGAUACUACAGCAAGUGAUCAUAGAAGCCCCGUAUUCUGUGUCAAAUAUCAAAUGUAGUGGGUGGGACCCCAAGUUGGCGGUAUACAUCCAGGGCAUCGUUGAGGACUUUAACAAAAACAAUAAUCAGACGACGCCUGUGCCCAUGGCAACAGACUUAUAGAUAGCUCAUUGUUUAUCAACAAUACAAUUCGAAAUACAUAUAGCCCCUAUACACCCA